UUCAAACAUAUCUUAUUCUUUCCCAUCUUUUUCAACCUUCUUAGAAAGUGAAUUAGUCCAAAUGACCUCCUUAAUAACAACAUUCCUCAUUCUCUUCCUGACAGUUUGUUACCUUGGUGUAGCUUCUAGAGCCUUCGCCCCUCGAGACUACAACGAUGCCCUCAAGAAAUCUAUCCUCUUUUUCGAGGGACAGCGUUCGGGGCCUUUGCCACGAAGCCAGAGGCUUUCCUGGAGGGGUGACUCCGGGUUGUCUGAUGGCUCUUCCUACCAUGUGGACCUAGUAGGAGGCUACUAUGAUGCAGGGGACAAUGUCAAGUUCGGCUUACCAAUGGCCUUCACAACAACAAUGUUGGCAUGGAGUGUUAUUGAGUUCGGAAGCUCAAUGCAUGACCAGGUUUCUAAUGCAAAGGAUGCUGUUCGUUGGGGCGCUGAUUAUCUUCUCAAGGCAGCAGCCACCCCUGGCACUUUAUAUGUUCAAGUAGGAGAUCCGAACCUGGAUCAUAAGUGUUGGGAAAGGCCAGAGGAUAUGGACACGCCACGAACUGUAUACAAAGUGUCUACACAAAACCCAGGAUCUGAUGUAGCAGCAGAAACAGCAGCUGCACUGGCUGCAGCUUCCAUAGUUUUCAAGGAUUCCGAUCCUUCUUACUCAAGCAAACUACUCCACACAGCUAUUCAGGUGUUUGAUUUUGCAGACAAGUAUAGAGGUUCUUACAGUGAUUCUCUGAACUCUGCUGUCUGCCCAUUUUACUGCUCCUACUCUGGGUAUCAUGAUGAGCUUCUGUGGGGUGCAGCAUGGAUUCAUAAAGCUUCUGGUGACCCCUCGUACUUAUCAUACAUACAGUCCAAUGGUCACAUAUUGGGUGCUGAUGAGGAUGAUUUCUCCUUCAGUUGGGAUGAUAAGAAAGCUGGGACAAAAGUCCUUCUUGCCAAGGACUUUCUGCAGGAAAGAAUAGGGGAAUUUCAAGAGUACAAAGCACAUGCAGAUAACUUUAUAUGUUCCUUCAUUCCAGGAGCAAAUGAUUAUCAGGCCCAAUAUACCCCUGGAGGACUCUUAUUCAAACAAAGUGACAGCAAUCUUCAAUAUGUAACCACAACAUCAUUUCUCUUAUUGGCAUAUGCCAAGUACCUUGGCACAAAUGGUGACAUAACCUCAUGUGGUUCCACAAUAAUCACAGCAAAGAAGCUCAUCUCUGUGGCAAGGCAACAAGUGGACUAUAUUUUGGGUGAUAAUCCAGAAAAAAUGUCAUACAUGGUAGGAUUUGGCAAUAAUUACCCAUUGCACAUUCAUCAUAGAGGUUCAUCCCUCCCAUCAGUACACGAACACCCUAAUCGAAUUGGUUGCAACGACGGGUUCCAAUACCUGAACUCUGGAUCACCCAACCCCAACGUCCUAGUCGGAGCUAUAUUAGGUGGUCCGGAUUCAGGGGACAGGUUUUCUGACGACAGAAAUAACUAUCGGCAAUCUGAGCCAGCUACUUAUAUCAAUGCACCGUUUGUUGGUGCAGCUGCAUUCUUUUCAGCAUAUAAUGAUAGAUACUAACAUAUUAGCAAUUUAGCAUAGCCGAUUUGUAAGAUUAUAACUAGCACAGGUAUGAUUAUGUAUUUAUGAACAAGAAUGAUCAUCCAAAAAAACCCAGCAAGAAAAAUUAUUCAAGUAAUGGAAUCAAUGUACGAUUUCCCCAAA